UCUUAAACAACAACAAAGCCAGGCUUAAGUCCUACACCCUUGAGAUGCCAGCGCUGGAGCAGCAGAGACAGGCAGGACCCCUGAGGCCAAUCAGUCUAGCUCACUUACAAGUUCCAGGCCAAUGAGGGACCUGGACUCAUAGGCCUGGGCUACCGCACCCGGGUUUAUGUGUCGCUUGUGUAGGCUAGCCAAGCACACUACCAAUUUAGCUACACUCUAGCCCCUAAUGGGCUCCCUUUUAAAUGUACACUGGUGUUUUAAAGGCUCUGAGAUGUCCUACAAGACCCUGAAUGUUUCAUUUUGAUGAGGCCAGCAUUCCAUUUCCUCUAGAUUCUUAGGCAGGCUUGAGGAUGGAGCAGGAUUGCGCUGUGGCGGAGAGGCAAAGACCUGACGUUUGCACCAGUCAUAGGUCCGAGCCCACUCUAGACCUUGGGCAUGUUUCCUGAGCCUCUUGCUCAGGCUCACUGUGAGCAUUAAAGAAUCAGAUGAGCUCCUGCUACACAGACUGGCUCCUAGUUAAGCACAGGCUCCUUCUUGACAGCCUGGCCCCCUUCUCCGAGUCCAGACCGGCGCAUCCCAGGCUCCAGGUGUAGCACAGAUGCAGCAAUGGGGGCUCGGGGCUGGGGGGAUCUUGGCUGGAUUUCUCCUUGGUGACGGCAGCUGAUGCCCCUUGGGAAUCUUGCUUGCUCCAGAACGAUGGAAAACAGAAACACCCAGAUACACCCAAAGAACAAGGAGGAGACUCCAGCGGUCCAACCAAGUCCUGGCCUGAGUUCCACCACAAAGAAGACUGAUUUGGAGUCCACUGUGUCAGGCAGUCAGGGGGGGCUUGCAGAUGCCGAGGAAAAGGACAACAAAAAGCAGCCUGUAGCUCCCACAGAACCAAAGAGGGAGCUCCAACACACAGGGUCAUCCCAGGAGGGGCCAGGGGAACUUGAAACCCAGGAGCAGAGGCCCUCAUCAAGACCAGGGUGAUCAUCUUGGGCAACCGAGGAAGGGCCGAGGGAUCUGCAAGCCGGCCAGAAACAAGCCCAGCCUGACGGGGAGUGUGUGACCUCUGAAGAGCAGCCACAGCCAACCAUGCAAACCAAGGACCAGCAGGAGAGGUGGCAGAGCACCGAGGCCAAAGAGAUUCAUCCCACCACCGAGAGCUGCCAGGCUCUGAAUCUCCCCACUCAGGGCAACACGGAUCAACAUUUGGAAAAGCCAUGCACCUCGGACAGCAGGAGUCAGCCACUAGAGGAUGACCCCCUCAGUGAAGCAGGCCUAUCAGAGGUCAGGUUGCAGGAGCCCAUGCCAACACCCAGCUCAGGGACACACAAGAACAGCUCCCAGGAGGCAGUGCCCCCCAAACCCACGGCGACUGCAGAAGAAAAGAAGGCCCCUCCCAUCUUGAGAUCUGCACCAGGACCUCGAACACACAAAGAGGGAGGUGAAGCUGUGGAGACCAAGGCAGCACCAAGGCCUCUUCCUCCACCACCAUCUCAAACCCCCCCCCCACCUCCAGAGUUAAGAGACACUGUUGAGAAGAAGGAGCCGGGCCAAGGGCAGAAGCACCGACACCAGGCUUCGGCAGCUGCAGGCACCCAGGGCCCUGGGAACCCUCGUCGGGGCUUCAUGAAGUGCCUGCUGGAGGUGGAGGAGCAGGAGGAAGCCACCCAUCGGAGGACUUUAAAAACCCGGACUCUGACAACCCGGAGGUCCCCCAGGACCCUGACUUCUGUCCCCACCUCAGGCCCCAUCAGCAGCUCAGUCCCAACCUUGCCUCUGACCCUGCUUGAGCCCUCCACCUCAGCUCCAGCGACUGUCCCACUGUGGGCCAGACCACCAGCCCAUGGGCAAGCCCCUGCCUCUGUAGGAUCCCCUGGCUCAGUCCUGUCAGCCCCCACCCAGGACCUGAGCUGGAGAUGGCCAGAGUUCUUACCCCAGAGCAAUGAGAGAACCCUGAACUAUGCCAAGACACGGCAGGAGCCAGAAGAGCAUGGCCUCUUCAAACUGUAUCAGAGCUGGGAGGAGCGGUCUGAGGAGCACCUCACCCUGAAGCAAGAGGAAGCCUUCCGCAGCUACUUUGAGAUCUUCAACGGCCCUGGUGAGGUUGAUGCGAGAAGCCUCAAGAACAUCUUGCUCCUAAUCGGCUUCACCCUUACCCCAAGCCAGGUGGAAGAAGCCCUGAUGAGUGCCGAUGUCAAUGGAGAUGGUCAUGUGGAUUUCAAAGACUUCUUGGCAGUGAUGACAGACACCAAACGCUUCCUCUGCUCUGUGGAACAGAAUGUCCUGAUGGAUAUGUCGCCCCCGAACCCCUACACACUGUUCUUUGAGAUCCUCUCUCUGCUGGUGGAAAUGCUGGCCCUGCCGGAGGUGGCCCUAGAGGAGAUCACGAACUACUACCAGAAGAAGCUGAAGGAAGGCACCUCCAAGACCCGAGAGACAGAAUCGAAUAUGGGCGGGCUGCGAUCAAGGAAGAAACUUCCUUACAAUGCUCAGCAGCAAGCAGACAGCUUGGAGGUCCCAGAACGAAGGGUCCUCAGGAUCCUGGGCCGGCUGAAGCAGCAGAACUAUGCUGCCAAUCUGCAGAGCCCCUAUGCCCAGGUGCCCUGCAUCCCACUCUGCCCGAGGCUGGAGAAGAAGACGGUCCGUCGAAAGCAGGGUAGCCAUAACCAUCCUGUGCUGGAUCAGUGUGUCUCUACAAGCUUGGGCCCUGACCUCCAUGGCCUCCUCUUUCAGUCAGGACAGCAAGGAAGCAGGGAACACAACUCUGACAGCAGAAAAUGGCUUAGCUCCGUGCCAGCCCGAACCCACUGAUCAUCUGGAAUCCUGGCUCCAGAAGUUCAAGGCUUAAAGACAGCUGGGCCGUGGGGCAGGGCCUGGCUUUGGGAGUUUGCUUUCAUGGCCUGGUAAGCCAAUAAACACCAAGAACUUCAGCCUCUGUAUUUGAUGUUAGUGAAGGCCCCACUUUUCACCACCCUGUAUGACUUACAGAGCUCUAGCAUGCCCCCAGGUUUGAGUCUGAGGCAGGACUCACCGAAACUCUGUCUGGGGGAGUUGGGGCUUCCUACUGCAGCGGCCCCUGUCUCCCCACUCAAGACUUGGGAGCCCUACAGUGGCCGGCUUAAGCCAAGUACCCCAGAAAGCCUCAGCCUCUGAAAGGAGCUGGCCUCUAAAGAGCAGGAACCCCCCCGCCCCCCAGGGCUGGACAAGCAACCACAGUAUGAUAGGAAGCCAGAAAUGAGGACAAAUGUCUGACAAGUUUAAAACAUGUAUUUAAAAUACAAUUUAUAAAAUGCUUAAUCUGCCGACUCAGGAGCCCGAGGUGGGGGUUAGGGUGGGGAGCUGCCCGCUACACCAGCAGAGCGAGACUGCAGGGUGCGGCCCUCCCUCCAGUCCCUUCUGUACAGAUGCCCAAGGAUCCCCCCUGGGGUCAUGUGACCAGAAGCAGGACCCCAGAGGUUUUCUUGAGUCUCUGCUCACCAGGGAGACUGGAUGCAGCCCUGCCGGCCCAUCCCUGAGCAGAGCACCCCCAGAUGGGGCAGAGCAGGGUAUGGCAGGGCAGGACAGGGCUGGGCGGGACAGGUGGGCUCUGGAAGGGGCUGAUGGCAGCAGAUAGGGUGUUGCCUCCUGCCUGCAGGUGGGGAGCACCCUGACUGAGGGGACUGAGAAGGGCUGGUCACCAGACCUGGACCCCCAGCUCCUUUGGUUAUAGGCUGACAUCAGAGUAGUGGCUCAUGGGAAGCGGUUAGCUGGAAGGGCUGAGGCCUGGCUUCUGGGGUCCAGGAAGAGCUGGGGGAACGGACAGGACCAUGAAGGCAGACAAAGGGGCAGCAGCCUCAGGUCCUGCCCCGCAUCCCCCUGGGGAUUUCCAAGCCAAAGCCUGCAACUUACUUAGACAGCAAGAAAGAAAGAAAGAAAAAGGGGAAAAAAGCACUUAUGGAGUUAAAGACAACUACAGAAAAAAAAAGGGAGAAACACACACACACACACAAAAAAAAAAAAAAAAACACAAAAACACACAAAAUCCAAACCGUUUCCCACGCCCCCAACCUCCCCCAAUACCAGUCUGUUUUCCUUCUUUCUUUCUUUCCUCUCGCUCAUUGCGCCAGCCACCUCUCCAUCUAGGAGGCCAAAUGCAAGACUGCUGGUGGGCAGGCACACGUACACUGCGGGCAGGGCCGCCUUUGGCCAGAGUGAGACGGGAGAGCCACCCUGCAAGCUCUCAACAUACAGACCCCAGCUGCCCUUAGCUCCUACUAGAGGGGCAGGGCAAGCAGGGUUUCUGCAUCCUUCUCCAAAGAAAGGACAGUCUGUCCUCCAACCAGAAACCACUAGCCCCUGUGGGUGGGCCCUAGACUACAAGCUAGUAGCCAACUCCCUUCCUACCCACUCCUGGGGUGGCCAACCCUGUCGCUGAGGCUCUGCUCCAGCUCACUCACAGAAGCCCCUGGUUUCAGGUAGGUCUAGGGCUGUGUUAUGGAAGAGACUCUUCCUAAGGGGAAGAUGUGGGCCAUCACUACAGGGCAUAAGCCAGGGGGACCGAAGGUGGUGGGAUCCUGCAAAACUCAGCUCAUCACCUUGGCCACCAUAGCUGCCCUAAUCCCACACCACACCACCCACUCCCAAACCUGUGUGCUGGCCAGGAGAGGGGAGGCCAUCAGGCUGGCUGAGGGAUAAGGCGAAGUGCAUGAAAGACUAUGAAGCCUGAGAGCACCCAGUGGGACACAGCUGCCCUCUCAAGCCUCUCCCCAUCAGGAGCCAAAGCCAAUCUCUAGGCUUGGGGACAGAAAUGGCCUUCAUACCAGCCUCGUUCUGAUAAGAAGGGAUAGGUCAGCCAAGGCCUCUGAGAAACCUGUCGACCAUCUGCCUCUGCAAUGCCAAGUUUUUCUUCUUCCAACUCUCCAACUGCUCUAUUCCUACGGUACUCAUUUCACUUGGGAAAUGUACCAGGUAUAGUUUCUGAGCCAGGGCCAUCAACAAAUGUGGCACGCCACAGGUCCUUAAGCGUUCCAGUCUUGCUGGAAGGGACAGGCCUAGCUAUCUUCUGACCAGAGCAGCAAAGGCCUGGAGUUGCGAGCCAGACUCUCCUGGGCUUGUACUGACAGCAAACACUGGACAAGUGCCACCACUGCCUGCUUCUGAGCCCGGAGUGCGGUCUCCUCCCCGACGCUCCCUGCCCUGCCUGCCUCUAGAAACAGCAAACCCGGCUGGUAGGGAGCCACCCUGAGGGGUAUGGGAAGGGGAAGUCUAUCACUUUCCCCAUCUCCCACAAUACUAGAGGUGAGGUUGGCACCCUCCCCCAGGCUCUGAGCUGUCUCUAGGCAACUUAGCUGGGACUUAGCUGGAGGAAGUGAUAUAGGCACAGUGCUCGUCUACUGGGGACUCCGGAGCCCCGCCUUUUCUGGGCGGCAGUAGGAAGACAGAAGCUAAGCUCACCAAAAUCCUAUUGGUUAAUGUUUCUAGCAGAUUUCCUAGAAACAUCUUUAAGUGACUACCAAACUACCCUUUCUCAAUUAAAAAUUCAUUAAACUGCUAAAACUCUUUCCAUGCACUUUUUCUUGCAAAUCAGAUAUUUGUAUAAACAAAAAUAGGAAGAAAAAAAAAAGGAAAGGAUAUUUUCAA